AUGAACGAACAAGAAUUGGAAUUAUUGUACACGCAACAACUAAACGACGAGCUUGUGCAUCAGACACGCCAAGCGAUCACCCGACUCGUCGAGUUAUAUCCUCAGGAAUUCGGUCUUGAAGCAUUAAUCCCAUCCACUCGUCGAUUUCAACCUACCCACUGGUCGUUCCUUUGGCGACAGCAAUUGUCUUACAAAGUACUGGGUGAGAAAUACGGUAUCGAAAAAGUGAUCAACACAUCGCAUCCUCGUGCCAGUAAAGCGGUUCGACAACUGUUCAUUGACGAUCUGGAUCGAUACAUGCAAUGGUUCCCGUGGGGAUGGUUUUCCAACAUGCAAUUUAUCGGCGCGGGUGGAUUUUCCGCCGUAUACGCAACACUGAUGAUUCCCCCUUACGACGUUCAGCCCACACGAGUUGCCCUCAAAAUUGUCGAUGACAAAGUCCUGAACGAGAUCUCGGUUCAAGCGAAAGCUUUUUUACCACUGCUUUUUCAAGGCUUGACGGUGUGUGAAAGUACGGGAGAUCUGAUGAUGGUGAUGAAGAUGAGCAAUGAUGGCAAUCUGGAAGAUCAUAUGCAACAAAUGCCGCUGGAGGAUUUGGAUUUGAAAACCAUCACAGGCACCAUUCUACGAUUAACGGUGAAUUUGGCCGAUCUUCACAAGGCGGAAACCUGUCAUCGCAAUGUGCACCCGCGCAACAUCAUGUGUACGGACAGCGACUACUUCUUAGUGGAUUAUCGAUUUUCGACGCCUUCACGCGAAUCGUCGUCGGUGACGGCGCUGACCAAAGCCGUAUAUGGACGAUUACCCUAUGUAGCACCGGAAGUGCGACGAGGCGUGUACACCGAGAAAUCGGACAUCUACAGUCUGGGGAUCAUUAUUUGGCAACUGGUGAGCAAGGUGGUUUUCCCCUCACCGGACGUCUUAUUGGAUAUGAGCAAAAAGUCGGUCUCGGAGAACGUGUACCGAAUUGAACCUGUGCCGGGCUUACCAGCGUGGUACGAAAAGCUUUACGUGGCAUGCCUCGAACCACGGCCAGAGAACCGUCCAGAUGCUGCGGAACUGUGUCGAGUGUUGCAAAACAUUCAUGACACAUUGGAUUUCUCGGUGCCUUUGGAUCCAAGGGUUACAGCUUAUAUCGUUGCUCGGCGGGCCGAAGUAGCUGAUCAUUUGCGCACCUACUCCAAAGUCAAAGGGAUCGUGUCAGCCUCGACCACCCGUCUUUAUACCCUUUCCAAUUUGCCGGCCACCGAUCAUUUCGUAUCGUUACCUUUUCAGAAUAUGCCGUUUCGACUCGCAUGGAAUAGUUGA